AUGUCGAAGGCUAACGUCGGAAUCAACGGAUUCGGAAGAAUCGGACGUCUCGUGCUCCGCGCUGCCGUUGAGAAGGACACCGUGCAAGUCGUCGCCGUCAAUGAUCCAUUCAUCACCAUCGACUACAUGGUCUACCUUUUCAAGUACGACUCAACUCACGGACAAUUCAAGGGAACCGUCUCCUACGAUGGUGACUUUUUGAUCGUUCAAAAGGACGGAAAGUCAUCUCACAAGAUCAAGGUCUUCAACAGCAAGGAUCCAGCUGCCAUCGCUUGGGGAUCCGUCAAGGCUGACUAUGUUGUCGAGUCGACCGGAGUUUUCACUACUAAAGAAAAGGCCUCCGCUCACUUGCAAGGAGGAGCCAAGAAGGUUAUCAUCUCCGCUCCAUCUGCCGACGCUCCAAUGUACGUCGUAGGAGUCAACCACGAGAAGUACGACGCUUCAAAUGACCACGUCAUCUCGAACGCCUCCUGCACCACAAACUGCCUUGCUCCAUUGGCCAAGGUUGUUAACGACAAUUUUGGAAUCAUCGAAGGUCUCAUGACAACCGUCCAUGCCGUCACUGCCACUCAAAAGACUGUUGAUGGACCAUCCGGAAAGCUGUGGAGAGACGGACGUGGUGCCGGACAGAACAUCAUCCCAGCCUCUACUGGAGCUGCUAAGGCCGUCGGAAAGGUCAUCCCAGAGCUCAACGGAAAGCUCACCGGAAUGGCUUUCCGUGUUCCAACCCCAGAUGUCUCCGUUGUCGAUUUGACUGUUCGUCUUGAGAAGCCAGCUUCGAUGGAUGAUAUCAAGAAGGUUGUGAAGGCCGCCGCCGAGGGACCAAUGAAGGGAAUUCUCGCCUACACCGAGGAUCAAGUCGUGUCCACCGACUUUGUCUCCGACCCACAUUCCUCCAUCUUCGAUGCCGGAGCUUGCAUUUCCCUCAACCCGAACUUUGUGAAGCUUGUCUCUUGGUACGACAACGAAUAUGGAUACUCCAACCGUGUCGUCGACCUCAUCGGAUACAUCGCCACCCGUGGAUAA